AUGGGGGAGCGUAAAGAAAAACUAGAAAUAGAAAGGCAAUGGUCCGUCUUAAAUUCUUCUGAAGAGGAAUUUCUCAACAAUACAGAUCCGUGUAACAGCACUGAUCUGGAUGCAGUUAAAUUCAUCAAAAUUGCACAGAAUGUGAUCACAUUCUCCAUCUCAAAGAAAGCUGUGCUCUUCCUCAAAAGCGUGCUGGUAACACGUGUCAUGCCCUCUUUCUACAUCCUCCUCUUCCUCAUUAGUUUGCCAUUAAACGCAUUGGCCCUGGUGACGUUCACCUGUAAGAUUAAAGAAAAGAAACCGGCUGUGAUCUACAUGUCAAACCUGGCGUGUGUGGAUCUGCUCUUCACCCUGCUGCUUCCUCUAAAGAUCCACUAUCAUCUGAACGGAUCUGAUUGGGUGUUUGGUGAGGUAGCGUGUCGCGUGCUAAGCGCUGCUUUCUACUGCUACAUGUACUGCUCCAUACUGCUGAUGAUGUGUAUAAGUGUGGACAGACUGCUGGCUGUGGUUUUCCCCGUCGCCUCUCUGACCUGGAGGACAACGAGGAAUUCUGCUUACGUUUGUGUGCUGGUCUGGUUGCUGGCACUCUCUGGCACGGUCCCACUUCUAUCUAUAACGCAAACGUUCGACAUCGAGCAUGUGGGCAUGACCUGCCACGAUGCAUUGCGUCACGACGACCCAGCAGAUCAGACGUACAUGUACCUGUUCUCCAUUCUGUCCUGUCUUUACUUCUUCCUGCCGCUGGUCAUCACUUUGGUGUGUUACUUUACUAUUAUUUAUGCACUCAGUGUCAAAUCUGGUCGCUUAGCAACAUCAUCAUCAACCUCAGAGAAAAGAAGGAGAGCCGCGAUUAUGACUAUUGCCACAAUGAUAGAGUUUGUGAUUUGCUUUGCAGCAACUAAUGCAAUCUUGUUGUAUCACUGUGUUGUUUUGAUCACAGGAGGCAUCAGCGAGGAGGGAAACGCAUCAUAUGCGGCUUACAUGUUAGCUGUGUGUGCAGGGAGCUCAAGUGUUUUUCUGGAUCCUCUGCUGUAUUAUUAUGGGUCGUCUCAGUGCAGACAGCAGAUCAGAUCUGUGUUUUGGUGGAAGAAAACAAAAAGAGCUACAAAGUUAUUAAACACUCAUGAGCUGUGCAUAUAAAGAGAAUCGUAUUAAUGUAUGAAGUGCUGAUUAAACACAGUUUGUAUUAUAUUCAUAAUUGGAUGUUCAUUUGAGUAUGUUAAUGUAAUCCUCACUGUAAUGAAUGCUGUCUGGCUUCAUGCUAACAUAAGUAUCUAAAAGUUAAAGCAGUUAUAGCAAUUGUUAUUAUAUUGUGUGUGUGUAACCUGUAAAACAAAGUCUAUAAAAUAUAAAGCAUGUUCACU